AUGGAGGAGGAUGUUCCGGGGUCUAGCGCGGAGGAGCGAUUAGGGAGUCCUCCGAACGACACCACCGAACCGCCGCAGCACCAUCAUCACCCACCCGACCAUCACCAUCAGCAGUCUUCAAGUUCGUCCAUUCAGCCCCAUCCAGAUCGACGCCCGAAGACCCCCGCAGGCACAAAUGAGCGGGAUUUGUCGCCUUUCCACCGUCUGCCUCGCACCGUAAUUGAGAACAUCCUCUACAUCGUUGAUGCGAAUACAUUCGCAUCCUUGGCACUGUUGAACCGAAAAUGGAGACGGAUCUCAGACUCCUCGUCGCUGUAUGCGCAUCAGCUUUCUCGCUGUCCCUCCUACGCCUUGACGCAAAAAGCCACCAGUGCUUCCCCCGGUGCGGCUCGCACGAACGAUCUGGCCCGUCUUAAACGUGACUUUUUCGCCGAGAUCAGACGGAAUGCCUUCGAGGUUUUCCUACGACCCCGCACAACCCUGAUCAAAUUGAUCUCGACUUCCAUGAGCUCUUCGACAGCUUUUCCACAAGGAGAGGCCUUUCGAUUCUCCUUUUCACCGAAUUCGCUGCUUAUUCUCUGCCUCAGUUCCUCUAGGAUUGUCGUUCUUGAUGUGACCUCGGAUCCUGCGGUGGUCAGGCACGAGUUAAAGACAUGGAGACGUCCGCUGCACGCGACAAUUCUUGACGAUGGGUCGAUUCUGGCCGUAGCCUCCUCCAGCCACCAGGUUAAUAUUUACAGUCUGUCGAGUGAUGAAGCACGGCAUAUACAAGAUCUCAAGUUAACCGACGUUCCACAAGCCCUGGCGCUCUCUCCCACGGGAGGAGUUCUCGCGAUUGCAUAUAGCGACAGGAUUGAAGUGCAGGCCAUCGGGGAAACUGCUUUGGUCACCGAACGAAGGGCUGUCCGGUGCGCAGGGGUAAAUUCGAUGUCAUUCUCUCCGGACGGGGUCAUGCUACUGGGUUCCUGCGAGGACGCGCAGCACGCAGGCUUGGUCACCAUUUCAGUGCCCUUUUUUACAGAACCGGAUGCCGAGUCUUCCCCUAGAGAUGCCCAGAUACGCAUGUGGACGACACAGAUUUUGUUCCCUGACAUAAUUCAGGGAUAUAGCCAUGCCUGCCUUCUUCCUCUACAUACAGAGGGCGACGGGAAUUGGAUCCUGGGCUUCGAUAAAGAGGUCGCCGCAUUCAGAGCAGUCGGGGCCGGCAACAUCAAUUCAGGCACCGCAUAUUUCACAAGCCCCAUUGCAGAGAAUGGGCUGGAGGAGUCGGCUCCGAAUAUGCCUCCCACGGUUGACUGUACCGGGGAACUAGCCGCGUUGGGAUUCCAUGAGUCUGGAAUUUGGAUAUAUGGCAUACCAGACCGGCUUGACAUCGCACCUGUAUCGACCCAGUCGGCUGCAUCUGAGGUAGUCAACGGUGAACCAAGUGAUUCGGAAGCGACGACUUCCACGGACCCACCACAAGACAACCUGACUCGGCUACAGGAGUCCAUUACGAGGCCCAAGAUGAUCAUUAGCGGUCACAAACUGAGUGAUAUGUCCGGUGUGACUGCAAUUCGCUGGGUGGGCGAUUCCAACCUAAUGGUUGGCCACCGUAGACUGGUGGCUGUCGCCCCUGGUGGCGUCAGGCCCCCUACUAUUGGUGACGAAGAUGUCCCGGUGGAUGGUGGUCGGGUGCUCCUCCUGGAUUUCAAGCGCUCGACCAACAACGGUAGUCUCACGGAAAUGAGUAUCGAGAUUGGCGAGGCGCAACCUAAGAUGUUACAUGAGCCGAACUCUAGUCUGGACACUGAAGUCGAGCUUGAAAGACGAAGGACGCGAUUGCAUCGUCGCAAUGAUAAUCUGCGGAUGAGAGGUGCUCGGGAGUCUUACCCAGCAGCCACUUCUAUUGCACAGACACACUCAUUUCAACGACGUCGAAAUAGUUCCGUUCUCUCGACUUCGUCCAAUGGCUUGGGCGAGGAUGAGACCCUUCAGGGCUUGGAUAUGCCUUACGACAAUACUCAGCCGCGGUCCAGGGAUACAUUGCGUCGUGCGGCUACUGCAGCAGCAGCCAGUCGUGGACGAUACAAUCCGCGAUACCGCGAUGAGUCGCGUCGUAUCUACGACAGUCGAGCUGUUCCUCCAAUCUUCCAAAUACCUCACGAAAGCGAUGCAGAUAACUGGGUACCUCCUCCGCCUCCGUACUCUCGUGAACCUGAUGCGCCAUUACCGGAACAUCUCCGUCGGACUCUUCUUCCCUCGAGGACUGAGCCGGUACAGAGAGUGAGCGAUGUGCCAUCUCAAAUACGAAGAUCCCAAACCACUCGUUUGGACAACAUGGCGGAAGAGUCGUCAUCCCGGACGACCUUGCAGCGCUUGAAUACUAUCUCCGGGUCUAGGUUAGCCUCUCGCAUGAGAAGGAAUUCGAGAGGCGAAACACUCGACCGGGUGCCCAGCAUCUUCCGGCGGAGAUCGAGCUCUGCCAGUCGUUCACCACGGAGUGUCGAUGCCUUCUCUGUGCCACAAGCUUCAGUCCAAGUACAAGCCGAUCGACCGGCUACCUCUAUAUCCAGACUUCCCCCAAUCGCAGAUGCAUCCUCCCAAGGAACGCCAACCUUCCCUCUUCCAUUCGAACCGACGCUGGCAGCCCCAUCACAGGUACCUUCGGCAACGGCAAACCAGACCGGACCUUCUACGGCACCGCCAAUCGAAGACGAGCUGCUAAAUCUGCAGCAUGCGGUACCGCCUAUGGCUGGCAAUGUUAAUCACCAUCCAUAUUCUCUGUCCUCUCCGAAUCUACAAGUUGCGGAUCCUAGUUACUAUUCUCCCACCUCCCCCCAAGAUUCGUGGUUACGGCCCGGAUAUCAUAGAGCCGCAGACAGACGUUCACAGUCGCAAGACUUACGACAAACGCAAGCAAUACCGCACUUGAAUCGUCGGGCAUCUACUGAUCCGACCCUUUCUACAAGCUCGCAGCCGUCCAACGACCUCUGGAGAAGACGCAUCGAAGAAUGGAAUGAACAAACCAUCUACGAGAGGAGCAAGCGGAGGAACAAGUGUAUAGUGAUGUAG